AUGGUCAAGAUGAGAGGAAUCCUGAUCUUGGGGCUCUUGUUGGCUACUCCCAGCUGCCUUGGCUACGAUGAGGACUUGGUCAAGUGCUUCCAGGACCCCGAAUAUGAGUCUAUCCUGGUCACAGCCCAGGAGGGCCUCCACACCUCCCCGCUGCCCAAGCGUGUGGUGGUAGUGGGAGCCGGCAUGUCAGGGCUCACGGCAGCCAAGGCCCUGCAGGAGUCGGGCCACCAGGUAACCAUCCUGGAAGCCAGCGACCAUGUCGGGGGUCGAGUGAUCACAUUCAGGAAUGAGGAAGAGGGCUGGUACUGUGAACUGGGGCCCAUGCGAAUCCCAAAGUCCCACAGGUUGGUCCACACCUAUGUCAGGAAGCUGGGCCUGAAGCUAAACAAAUUCUUCCAGUACGAUGGCAACACCUGGUACCUCAUCAACAGAAAACGCUAUCGUACUAAGGAGGUGAAGGCCAACCCAGAGCUCCUAGGCUAUUCCAUGAACCCAAGAGAAAAGGGCAAGAAUGCUAUGAAUCUCUUCUACCAGUCCAUUGCCAAGCUCAGAAUAAGUCUGAAAAAAUUCAACUGCAGCCACCUGAUGUCCUUUUAUGAUUCUUACUCCACCAAGGCUUACCUGCUGAAGAAAGGGAUGCUGAGCCGAGGAGCAGUAAAGAUGAUCGGGGAUGUGAUGAAUGAGGAUGCUGGAUACUAUAAGUCCCUCCUGGAGGCCCUUCGGACUGACAUGGUCUUCACAAGUAAUGACUUUUCCGAGAUCACCGGGGGCUUUGACCAGCUCCCCAAAGCCCUCAAUGCCAGCUUGAAGCCUGGCACCAUCCUUCUGGGCUCCAAGGUAGAGAUGGUAGUGAGGGAUGGGCCUGAGGUCCGGAUUUCCUACCGGGUGGGCGAACCCAACUCGACGCUGCACACGCUCACCGCGGACUUUGUCAUCAUCUCCGCCUCGGCCAAGGCCACGAGACUCAUCACCUUUGAGCCCCCGCUCUCCCGAGACAAGAUGGAUGCGCUCCGCUCGGUGCAUUAUACCAGUGCCAGCAAGGUAGUUCUGGCCUGCAACGAGUCCUUCUGGGAGCGGGAUGGCAUCCGGGGUGGGGUUUCCAUCACCGACCGGCCCUCGCGCUACAUCUACUACCCCAGCCAUAGCCUCCCCAGCAGCAAGGGGGUCCUGCUGGCCUCCUACACCGUGGACGACGAUUCUCUCUUCUUCAUACCCAUGAAGAACGACCAGGUGGUGGAUAUCGUCCUGGAGGACCUGGCGGCUGUGCACCAGAUCCCCAAGGAGGAGCUGCGGCGCAUGUGCCCCUCUUCUGUGAUCAAGCACUGGUCUCUGGACCCCCUCAUCAUGGGCGCCUUCACUGAGUUCACACCCUACCAAUUUGUGGACUAUUCGCAGCAGCUUUUCCAGCCAGAGGGCCGCAUCCACUUUGCUGGCGAGCACACCUGCCUGCCCCACGCCUGGAUAGACACUGCCAUCAAGUCUGGCCUCCGAGCAGCCAGGAACAUCCAGGCUGCAGUGGACAAAGAGGCCACGGGGAGACAGAAGACCUUCACCAACACCCAGAAUCAUUUCUAA